AUGGAGAACAACAACCUAUCCAACCUCAAUCCCGAGGACACGGAUGAGAGCUCAGGCGAGUCCACCAACUCUUCCCGAUCCAUAUCACCCUCCAAUCCAGCCCCAACUCGAUCUGCACGACCCUCCAAUCCAGCCCCAACUCGCUCCAAUGCUAAUUCCGAUCCGAUACAGUGGAAUUUCGCAUGGCCAGUCUUCGCAGCGGCGGGGCAGAACAGAACUCCCUCCCACGCACCAGCGCAAGAGAGAGGAAUCACAGAACAACUACCACCCCCACCACCACCACCAUCAUCCCCAAGACUCCCACCGCUCGUCGGAGGACCUAUCCCCUUACCCCCUCGAGCGCGCCGCGACGCACUCACGCCCCUCGACACCGCAUUUGCACAACAAUUCCGCCACUGGGCCGCGCCUUUGAAUCCCUUGAGACCUCGACUCAGCGAAACCGAGCUCAAAUCCCUUCCACAGCGUCCCAUUACGCCAGCAGAUCUCGACGAUCAAGGCGAAGCCCAAUGUAAUAUUUGUAUCCAAUCCCUCGCCAUCGGUGAGAUUGUCUGCUGUUUGCAUUGUGGUCAUUAUUAUCAUCGCGAGUGUCUUGUCGCUUGGUUCGCGAAAAGUAACUCGUGUCCUAGUUGCCGUCGGAUAUAUCGACCGCUGCCUCCUCCUCGAGACUAUCCUCCUCGGCGCCGUGACGAUGAAGACCCAAAUGGUGGUGCUAGUGGUAGUGGUGGUGUCGCCCAAGCUGUAUUGGCGGCAUGA